GCAUGUAGCAGGUAACAUAUUACAGAUAUGUAGAUAUCAUUUCAGUUCAGGAAAAUUGUACGGCCGUGUAUCAACUAUGUUUAACAUAUUGUCAUUCUUUUUUAUGUUAUUUAAUUUUUUAUUAACAUACUCAGAGACCAAAAUUCUUCAAGGACACCUUGUAACACGUGAAAAUUGGGCAUUUUUAGCAAGAUUUUGCUUCUUAACGCAACAAGGCACGUUUCGGUACGAAUUCGAAUUGGGAGGCAAAGAACAAGAUUUAAAAAUACUAUUGUAUUAUGAUGCGCCUGAUCAAUGGCCAAGCGUUUACCCUUCGAAUAAAACAUGCAUAGAAAAAGAAGCUAUACUUUGGGACGGAAUUGGUCAAAUAGUACCAUUAUCUACAUUAACAUCUGAACAAUCAGGAUGCGUCGAAAAAGAAGAAACAACAGUACAAUGUUCUAGUCAUCGAAGAUUUCGAUCAUCUCGUCCGAGAUGGUGGUUUAUCGCACUAGCAGAUUGUUCAUCAAAAACUGGUCUAAAUGUGUCGUAUUGGAUAUCGCUAACAAAUGCCCCGCAUGGUCAUUUUUGGAAAGAACAUUUUUCAGCAGACGAAUUCUAUAUACUGCCAGAACUAAUAACAAUUGCUUGUAUUUACGUGAUACUUGUAAUACUUAGUUUUUACAUAGCCAUACAACUAAGGGCAAGAAGACUACUACAUGUUUCUUACAAAAUAUUUAUAGCCUCGCUACUUUGUCAAUUAGUAGGAAUAUUAUUUGAGAUUUAUAGUUACAUAAAUCUUGGUUUAAGAGGGAUACCAACACAAAAUGCUUAUUUAUUAGGUCAACUUCUAGAAGCAUGUUCAGACGUUUUGUACACUGUACUUAUGUUAUUACUGGCUCUUGGUUUUACAGUGACUAAGAGCGUUUUAACAGCCAGACAAACUCGAUGGCUUAUAUGUUUCAUUUGUCUGAUUUCUUUCUGUCAAUUUUCAUUGUAUAUUUACCAAUCCGAUGUCUUUGAUCCUGGAUUGGUAUUAUAUAUUUAUGAGUCACCACCAGGCUAUGGAUUAAUAAUACUGAAAUUGAUUGCAUGGAUUAUAUUUUCUCUUCGAUGUUUUAAGACUGUUAGAAAAAUGUCAACAAAACUUCAUUUUUAUGGUUCAUUAUUUUCAUUGGGAUCAGCAUGGUUUUUAUGUCAUCCAUUAACGGUACUCUGCAUUACUUUAUUAGUAGAUGAGUGGGUACGAGAAAGCGUUGCUAAAGGAUGUUUAUUAUGGACUAUUUUUAUGGGACACAUAAUGUUUUUAUACAUCACCAGACCAUCUAUGGCUAACAAACGUUUUCCAUUUCAUAUUAGAACAUGUCAAGUCAUGCCUGUUGGUGGUGAAGGACAAGAUCACAGUUAUGAACCUCAUGUUAGAACAACAAGCUCUGCAUUCACUAUUUCACACUUAACGCCAUCUACUUUGCAAUAUUAAUAGUAAGGAUACUUCAAAACACCUGACAACCUGCAUAACUGUAAUUGUAUGAUGAGUCCACUUCUAUUUUUUUUCUUUUUUGAAUGUUCACAAUUAAGAAAGGACAUUAUGUUUAACAAUUAGUUAACAAAGAUAAAUAUUAACCGUUUGAGACCCAAGCAGCGCGAUCGCGCUGUUUAGAUUUUGCCUCAAAAGACCCGGUACAUUUAAACGCUACAGACGACUGACUGUAUUUUGUAUUUCAUUCUUAUCUCCUCAAUAAUGUUUAUCGAAAAAAACUUGAUAUAUUUAUAAACUAAUAGUACGCAUAUAUAAUAGUAAAGAUGUAUUUCAUGAAACUAACAAAUAUGACGAGUGCUACUGCGUCGCUUGUUUCUCUUCGCAAUUGAUUAAGACAAGCGCUAUCGCGCUGUUAGGGAUUUUUCGACCCUGUUUUUCCAAAGACCCCUGGGACUCAAACGGUUAAUUUAUAUGUGAUACGAACAUUUUUAAUUAUUAUAGCAUUCCUACAAGUAUUUACAAUAAACUUACAUGGUGCUUUUUAUAUCACGUAUAGGUUUCAUUACAAAAUUUACAAUCAUAACUAAUAAUCAUCAGUCACAUGAACCAUCAAGCCAGCCAUCUCUCCACCUUUGGUCAACUAAUUUACAGUCAAAUUCAGGUUUUCCAAGUUUUUUAUUUACUUCAUUAUGUAUCAUACAAAGCCAUUGACUCAAUUGUGACUGUGAAUUGGUUUGUGGUGGAGUUUUUUUUAAUUGCUCUUGUAAAUCUUCUGCACAUACAUAACAAGGAUAAAACUUGGAAAAUGUGUGAAAGAACUUUGACAUAUCCGACUUUUGUUCAUCAGUUGGAUUAUCAGGGUAAUAUGCUGCCAUGGUGGACUUUUCUUCUCUAUUUUCUCAGUUUCCUGACAUGAUAAAAUAUAUAUGUAAGAAUAAAUAAUUUAUUUCACAA